AUGGAUUCCAUUGAAGAAGAAAAAGAAGACAACGAUUUGGAUGCUGACGUACCAACAACAGCUAAAGUUACUCGAAAAUGUGGUGAAACGUUGCAGAAAUUCUUCAUGCAGAAGGAUAACGGAAAUAUUCCGUCUGAAAAAAUAGUUAGCAAGUUUUGUCAACCAUAUUUACACUGA